CCCGCUGUAGAGACAGCUGAGGAAGCUAAGGAACCAGCAGAGGCAGACAUCAAUGAACUCUGUAAAGACAUGUUCAACAAAAUGGCCACUUAUUUAACAGGCGAACUGACAGCCACCAGUGAAGACUACAAACUCUUGGAAAACAUGAAUAAGCUGACUAGCUUGAAGUACCUAGAAAUGAAAGAUAUUGCUGUAAACAUCAGUAGAAAUCUGAAGGAUUUAAAUCAAAAAUAUGCUGCUCUUCAGCCGUAUCUGGAACAAAUCAACCUAAUUGAGGAGCAGGUUGCAUCUCUGGAGCAGGCAGCUUAUAAAUUGGAUGCCUAUUCCAAAAAACUUGAAGCCAAGUACAAAAAACUGGAGAAACGAUGAAAUUACAACAGUCUUUAAAUUGGAGCUGAGCUAUGAGUCAGACUGAUUUCUCUUAAGUUGCACAACAGUAAUCUUGUAUGUGGACAAGGAUUUGGUUACAGCUAACAUUGAGACUGGUAACUUUUUCUGUCUGUUGAAUACAGUAUGCUGUAUUCAGGCUUAAGGCUGAAUAAUAAUCUCCUCUUCUGACUAGGUCCUGCUGCUUCAGUUGUUCUGCAGUGAAAAGUAGAAGCCUGUUCCCAACCCAUAUGUUGAUAUUGGCUGUCUGUGUGUUAGUCCUAUGUCC